CUCUUCUGUUUUCCCUCUGCUUUCCUCAUCUGGAAGGGCUUCAGGAUGGAGGACAGGGUGUGGACCGUGUGCCUUCUGCUCACUUUGACGCUGGGAUGCGCCGCGGCUCAGACUCAGCCCAACGACACCAGGCCCAAUUUCAAAUGUGGAGGUCACCUGGUCACAGACUCUGGCAUCGUGGCCAGUGAAGGCUUCCCCAGUCACUACAGAGCCAACACCAAAUGCACCUGGUUCAUCACCGUCCCUGAAGGCCACGUGGUCAUGCUGUCGUUCCGCCUCUUCGACAUGGAGGCCGACCCCACCUGUCGCUACGACUACCUGGACGUGUACAACGGUCACACUCACCUGGUUCAGAAGCUGGGGCGCUUCUGUGGAACGUUCCGGCCCGGCGCCCUCAUCUCUACCUCCAACACCAUGAUGCUAGAGAUGGUGUCGGACGACGGCACCGGCGGACGGGGCUUCCUGGCCUCGUUCAGUGCGGGGAAGCCACACGUGGAAGAGAACCAGUUCUGUGGGGGUCGGCUAACCAAAUCUCAGGGUGCGGUCAAGACACCCAACUGGCCCAACUCUGACUACCCAGCAGGCAUCAGCUGCUCCUGGCACAUCUCUGUAGAACCAAGCAAUGUGAUCGAGGUGAAGUUUGAGAAGAUAGAUCUGGAGGCCGACACAUACUGUCGCUAUGACUACGUGGCGUUGUUUAACGGGGGAGAGACCGACGACUCCAGAAGGAUCGGGAAGUUCUGCGGAGAUAAAACACCAGAAACUGUGGUGACCAAUGGGAACGAGCUCCUUGUUCAGUUUGUCUCCGAUCUCAGCGUGACCUCAGAUGGCUUCAUGGCCCACUACUCCAGCGUGCCCCGCGGGUCCCGAACGCCCACCGCCGGAGGCGACUUUAUCUACGGACCUCAGACUACGUCCAUACCACAGAGAAAACCCACGAAGCCAAGCAAACCCACCAAACCAACCCCUAAAGCUAACCCUGAGGUCCAGCCCAAACCCACCAGAAAACCAUGGGUGAGGAAAACUCUACCACCCAAGCCUUUACCUAGACCCACAGCUAAGCCCAAACCAGCUAAACCCACACCUAAGGUACCUGUGAAGAAGCCCACCCCUAAACCCAAAGCCGGACCUACACCCAGGCCUCAGCCGACAGUCAAACCUACCAUCAAAGCUAAAGUCACACGUAAGUUUAUACUUAAGACCAAGCCCACCAUGAAGCCUCGCGUAAAACCAGUCAAGCCGACCCCCAAAAGUGGAACUAAACCAACAAUAAAACCCAAAAUGAAGCCCAGCACAACGGCAAAACCAAGACCAAGCAACACCGUCACAAAGAAGCCAGCUGUGAGCAAAAUACCUUUACCACUAAACCCGCUGUGCACACAGGCCUGUAAGAGGACAGGAACCCUCCAGUCCAGCUUCUGCACUCAUGACUUUGUGAUUACCGGUAAGGUUACGUCAGUGACCCCUGGUCCCGCGGGCUCAGCAACAGUUGAGGUGUUCCUCAUCAAAGACUACAGGAGAGGACGCCUUAACAUCACCAAGACAGGACCUGCCAUGACGGUCACACUGAGCACUACCUGCAAGAGAUGCCCCAGCAUAACCAGAGGUCUGAACUACGUGUUGAUGGGAGAUGUUGACGAACAGGGCAAUGGGCAUCUGAGCCCCUCCACCUUCACGCUCCUCUACAAGCCCAUCCACAGCAAAGCACUGGACAACCUCGCCCGCACAUCGUGCUGACAUCCCAGUCAAAACCAGUCAAACCGACAGACCUGACUGGGGCUUUGGAGCUUUACUGGAGUAAAGCAGCAUGUAGAGAAUGAUAUACAUUUAUAAACAGCUUUGAUCAUUCUGUUUUUUAUGUAAAUUAUAUUAUACUGUAUGUCUUGUUGUAUGUUAAACUAUCAUAAACAGAGUCUGGGCUCAUUCAUGUAUCCACUAGGCCACAUGACCCAGUAAGAUCACAGCCUGCAGCAGAGCCUCAUCCAUUGCUGUCCUGGUGUACUUCACUGCACUUGGUAUCAAACCUGGGUCAUGUAAUAAAACUUUUCCAGUCAU